AUGUCAUCGUUCGCCGGCGUAUCCGUCCUGGCCGACGGUGAGCUGUGCCCUGCCACCGCGUCGCCCGUCGACACCGGCAACAAUUGCGGGUACCACCUGCUCGUGGUCCACGACUACUCACGCACCAAAAAGGUGACACCCACGGGUGACAGUAUCAGCUCUCGUAUCUUCAUGGUAGGAGGCCAUGGCUGGUACAUCGACUACUUCCCUAACGGCGAAAACUCCGGAUGCGCCGACUUCGUUUCCCUCUCUCUUUCCUGUUUCCGUGCCGACGACAAGAAGCCCGUGGAAGCCAAGUUCGUUUUCACCUUUGUCGACCAGGCUGAGAAGCAGAAUCCACUCUACCUUCGUCAGGAGGAACCGUGCAUCUUCGCUGGCUCCUCUUGGGGAAGCAACAGGUUUAUCACAAUAGAUGCCCUUGAACAAUCGGCGGAUCUCAAGGAUGAUUGUUUCACCAUCCGGUGCGACGUUAUGGUCUGCAACAACGCCGAGGUGGUGCUCCCGCCUAACAUCAUGUGCCAACACUUUGACCAUCUCCUUCAGACCGGGGUGGGCGCCGAUGUGGAAUUCGAGGUCGCCGGCGAGACGCUGGCUGCACACCGGUGUGUGCUCGCUGCCCGAUCCAAGGUCUUCAUGUCACAGCUCUUUGGCCACAUGAAGGAGGGCACCACUAAGGCCGCUGUCAUACGCAUCAAAGACAUGGAAGCAACAGUGUUCAGGGAUUUGCUCAGCUUCAUCUACACGGACUCAUUCCCUGAUAUGGAGGAUGAUGAUGCCAUGGAGGAGGACAAAAUGUCACAAGUUGUGGAGCAAGGACAAGAAAAAGAGACGACAUUAUUAGAGGAUGAAAUGCGGCUGCAAUGGCUGCAAAACUUGUUUGCAGCGGCAGACAGAUAUGAUGUCCAACGACUCAAGUUCAUCUGUGAAAGGCAGUUGUCUCAACACAUAGGUGUGAGUCCGGUCAUGUCCACUCUGUUUGAC